AUGAAAUCAUCUAUUCAGAUCCUUGCGGGCUUCGCCCUCUUUGCAAUUCCUGCUGUCGUGAACGCGGACUGCAAGCUUAACAACAAAAUUAAAGACGACGAGAAAACUAGCGAAGACCGCUCUGAGCUGUGCCUUGCCGAAGGUCCCAAUAAAUGGACCUUUGCGAUGCAAAUCAGCCAGGUCAGCGUCCCUACUUUCGACGGUAGCAAUCCAUUUGCUGGAAUUUCUGGCUCCAAGGCCUUUAUUAUUUAUGACGAUGUCUGCAAGCGUGCUGGCGUCUACUCCCCUGACGAAGAAGGCAACGACUGCGGCAUUCCUUAUGUUAUCGAAGAAGAGUGGCUGUCGGAUAAACUCACUGUUACCAACAUCAACUGGGAUGUCGCGGACCCUUUCUUCAAAUUCAACUACGCCGGCAGCGAGUACCAGACCGGGCAGGGCUGGAAUAUAUGCAGUGACAUUAGCUCGGGCCUGCGUGCAGAGCAGGCCUGCCAGGCUACUUUUUCCAACUGGGUGGAAUAG